AAAAUUUAAACUUAAAAAAUCUUAGAAAAUUAAUAAACUUGAAAUAUUCAUUUAUUAUUUAUACUUAUUACUACAAUUAGACUUAAACACAUAAUUAAAAGGCUUUUAUUAGCUCAUAACCUCUCACUACAUUUAAAAAUCUCUUUAUUUGGGGCCAUUUCCCAUGGAUUAACCCCAUUUUAACCCUUCCCUCCCCAGAUGAUGCAAAGGUAUGGCCCCCUCCCCCCAUCCCUAAGGAAUCCUUUUCCCACGGGAUUCCCGGGGAAUUUUAACGGGAUUUGAGUUUUCCCUCGGCAGCUAUGGCACCUACCCCGCCCCCCCUGCCAGAGCUACUCAUGGUGGGGCGGGGAGCAGGGCUACUCCCAGCAGAGCUACAGCGGCUACGGCCAGGGCUCAGACAUGGGCUUGGGCUACAGCCAGGGUGGCUACAGUGGCUCCUACGGCCAGAACUAGAGCGUUACGGCAGCGGCUUUGGCAGCUCCAGCUAUGGCCAAGCCCUGAGCAGGGGCCACAGCCAGCAAAGCUAUGACCAGCAGUCGUCCUACAACCCACCCCCUCCCCUGAGCUACAGCCAGCAGGGCCAGUACAGCUCUGGUAGCUUUGGCAGCUAUUCCCAGCAUGGCUUAGUGCUGAGCUCUGGGGGGUUCCAGGAGCCAGGCGAGACCUUCAGCUCCCGGGGUGGCUUCGUGCGCAGGCGCAGCCACAGGAACCGUGGGGCCAUGGGGUGAGUGCGGGAGCCUCCAAGUUGCUGAGGAUGUCAGCAGCCCCCACUGAGGCCAUCCCUGCCCAGAGACCGUGGGGGAAUGGGCAGACAAGGAGAGCGUCCCUGGGGCUGGGGAAGCAGAACUCAGAGGCACCAGGGGCUCCAGGUGGGAAAUGGAGUGUGGAAUGGGGCUGUGA